AUGAGCAGCCACCUUUGGAAGUUUUACCUUCAAGAUGAUGUCGACCGAUUUCGACAUGUGCUCGAGACGGCCUCGUACAAUGCCCGUCCUCAGCAAAACAGACCUCACUCGAUGCAGACAGCCGCCGCCGCCAUGAGCUCGAGUCCGAGUACAUUGAGCACAUCACCUACUCUUACCACCAAGAUGCGCAAGCCUUCCGCGGUCCCCGGAAACAUGGCUCCACUGACAAAAGCCGAUAUCAACUGGCGCGACACGAACGGCAUGACAUUGCUGCAUCACGCCGCUUCCUCGACGUCCGAGAACGCCCUCGACUUUGCCCAGGCUCUGCUUGAACACCCCUUGAUUGACCUGUACAUACAAGACGCCGAGAACUCGUGGACUGCCUUACAUCGCGCCUUCUACUUCGGAAACAUCACGAUCGCUCGUGCCAUUAUUGAGCGCGACACAUCGGAUGCCCUCGGCAGAGGAAUAGGAGGAGGCUUGGUGAAGAUCAAGGAUCGCGAGGGACUCGGUCCGCUGGAUCUGUAUUCUGCGACAAUCAAGGAUCGCACGCUGCGACCUGAAGGUCAAAAAAGAGCUAGAGCUGCAUCUGAUGCUAGCGAAGAGGAGGUCGUCAUAAACGAUGAGCAAGAAUACAGACCGAGAGUCAUCGAGUUCGCGACAAACAUCUCAGGCGACGAGGUCUACACUUUUGGCAGCAACAAGAACAUUACCCUGGGCUUCGGAGACGAAGACGACCGCCAGAAUCCUGAGCGUAUCACACUGAGACGUCCUGACCAUUUGCUGCAACGUUUCUACCGCGAGUACAUCCGAGAGUAUGAGAAGACAUGGGCCACAUUCGAUCCUGUCAUCGCUCAGACUGGCCACUCAGCGCUCGCACGCUCAUUACCCGUCGAGUCGAUGCCGUGGGUCAUCAAGAAUCGUCCGCUGAUCAUUCAGGACGUCUUCAUGUCCAAGCUGUCGACAGCAGUAUUGACCACAGAUCCUGAAUCCAACCUCUACAUGUGCGGCCAUGGGCCCGGAGGACGUCUGGGUACCGGAGAUGAGCAAUCUCGCUUCAGGUUCGUUUGUAUCGAGAACGGUGCUCUGUCGCGAAAGAAGAUCGCCACUGUUGCGCUUGGUCAGAAUCAUACCUUGGCCGUUGAUGAUCGUGGUGAAGUCUUCUCCUGGGGCAGUAAUGGUUAUGGUCAACUCGGCUAUUCUCUGCCCAAGACUGGAUUCAAGGACGAGGAUCCUGUAAGCUGUGUGCCUGCGCAAAUCUUCGGACCUCUCAAGCGUGAGAUUGUCAUCGGUGUCGCUGCUUCUCGAAUCCACUCAGUUGCAUAUACCUCGACAUCUUUGUACACUUUUGGCAAGAAUGAGGGUCAGCUUGGCAUCGUCGACUCAGAUGCACGUUCGCUGGAAUACCAAGUAACACCGCGAAAAGUCGCAGCAUCUCGAUUCGCAGCUCCGAUUGUGUCAGUCGCUGCCAUUGAUCGUGCGACCAUCUGUCUGCUCGAGAACCACGACGUUUGGGUGUUCGCAAACUAUGGCUAUGCUAAAAUACAGUUCCCUCUCGAUGGCUCAAAUAGCUUCUUGAAGGACAGCUUCCGCGUCACGCGCUACGACGACACUGUCAACCACAUCAGCAAGAUCACCGCAGGAGGUGACACCAUCUGUGCGAUGUCAAGCAGCGGCGAAGUCUAUACACUAUCAGUCAGUCAACGCCAAGAUCAGAGCAAUGCAUCAACAACCAAUCCUACCAAGAUCAGGGGCGCACUCUCUUCGCCUCAGGAGAUUUGGUCAUUGAAGAAGAACAACAUGGCUGCUCGUGAUGUUGGCGUUGAUGCUGACGGUUCCAUCAUUCUGACUACCGAGGAAGGAAGUGUCUGGAAGAGAUCAAGGCGCACCAAGAUCAAAGAUGGAAAGUCGAUGGAGGCUGCGCAAUACAAGCCCAAAGACUACAAGUUCUCUCGCAUUUCAGGGUUGUCUCGCGUCACAGCUGUCAGAUCAUCGGCAUACGGUGCAUAUGCUGCUGUUCGCAGAGAUUGCGACGUCACCAAGACACAGACACUGAUCCAAGACAAGACCAUCUGGGCAGAUUUGUUCCCUCUUCUCUGCUUCCACGAUCUUCCUGUACACGCAGAUGAGCCUGACAGCGAAAGCGAGAUGCCUCAGCCACGAUUCUGGCAGGGUCGCAAGAAGCCAGAUGACGUUCAACUUCUUCGUAAACAGAUACUCGAGUCCAAGGAUAUCGAAAAAGAUCUGGAAGAACAUUUGCGACAAGCGUCGAAUGAAGACUUUGCUGAAUUUGACGCUAUCAUCACUUCGAACACUUCUGAUCUCCGCUUCCCAGCUCAUCAGUUCGUUCUCGCAGGACGAAGCAGAGUGUUGAGAGCUGGCUUCCAGACUCUAAAGAACGAGGGCGAGUUCAACGUUCCCGAGCUACUGAUCUGCGAGCGUGACUCUCUCGAUCGACCUGUCUUGAUCUUCCAAGGAUUGGACGACCUAACCUUGGUUGACUACCUUCUCUACUGCUACACAGACACCAUCGUCGACUUCUGGCAUCAUACGAGACGCUCACCAAAGAUGGCUUUCAGAUAUCGUCAGGUCCGUACUGAGUUGAUGAAAGUUGCUGCAAAACUCGAGCUUCUCAAACUAGAGCCCGCAGUCAGGCAGAUGAUUGAGCCAGAACGUUGCCUGCACAUGGAUCUGGAGAUUGCGACCAGAGAUCAAGGCUACUUGUCCAAUGGUGACAUCCGAGUCCAGCUUGCUGAUGAUGAAGUCUUGGUACAUGGCUCGUUGGUCUGUCAGCGUUGUCCCUUCUUUGAGGGCAUGUUCAUGGGUCGUGCUGGUGGCCGUUGGCUUGACGAGAGACGCGGCCUUUUGCAAAAUGCCUCUGAUGCUGUUGAUGUCGAUCUGCAGCACAUCGAACCCGACAUCUUCCGCAUGGUCCUUCGCCACCUCUACGCAGACACUGGCGAGGAACUAUUUGAUAGUAUCGUAAGCGCUGAUUUGGACGAAUUCCUCGACUUUGUGAUGGAAGUCAUGAGUGUCGCCAAUGAGCUCAUGUUGGAUCGUCUGUCUCAAGUCUGCCAGAGAGUAGUCGGCCAGUACGUCACAACUCGAAACGUUUGCGGUCUCCUUAAUGCCAUCGCUCCUAGCUCUGUCACAGAAUUCAAGGAUGCAAGUCUUGAGUAUCUCUGCCUCAGUCUGGAAGCUAUGCUACAAGGUGGGCUUUUGGACGAGCUUGAUGAAGACUUGAUCCUGGAGCUUGAUGCCAUUGUCAGAGACAAUCAGCUUGCUCUGAUGCCGUUUGCUAAGAGUGGCCGUGCUGAAGCCUUACUUCACGAGCGUCAUCCUGAGCUCGCUGCUCUGAUUGAUCGCGACCGUCAAGUCAAGCUUGACUCUAUCAUGCUGCAUACCAAGCAUCAAGAUCUUGAUGGCUGGGGUCCCAAUUCGUUUAGAGGAGGCAGUUUGGACGAUGUCGCACAUGCUAGACAGAAAGGACGGAGGAAGUCAAAGGACGCACAGUCGUCUACGAUCGAGACCACACUCAGGGUGAAGACGCCCAUGCCGUCGCUGGCCACAAGUAUGGAGGAGGGUUCGGUAUUAGACGUCGAUGGAAUGCGGGCAAAGAACACCGAUACCGAGUUCGAAAGGGCGCUUCGCAGGGACACUGCUAUUGGCACUCCCACUGACACCUGGCUUGAUCCGCGCGGAAAGCCUCUCACACCACAUGCCGGCACCCCGAAGCAGGGAGUAUUCCCACCAGGCACGAUGCCUGCAACUCCUGCUAGCUCGUCAAGUGUGCCUUGGGCAGCUACACCGUCUCCUGGUGCUAAGUUGGAGAUGAAGGAUAUCAUGGCACAAGCGUCUACAAGUCGCGUGUCUAACCUAUCCUUGGGCAUAGCGGCUAGCCGAGAGAAAGCAAGUGAAGAUGCUUCAGCAAUAAGGUCUGCUGCCAAGCUGUCACAGAAGGAGAGAAAGAGAAUGCAGCAAGCUCAGCAAACUGAGAUUGUGGAGAUUGAGGAGAAGAUUGCGGCAAAAGUGGCCUCGCCGUGGCAAGUGGUCUCCGGACAGAAGAUUCCUUCGCUCAAGGAUGUGAUCGGCGAGAAGCCACCAUCGCCUGGCCCGUCGAACAGACCGCAACCGACUACGCGUCCCAGCAAUACUCCACAUCUCACAAUGAGGCAGACGAUCGCCAACCCAAGACCCUCGCCUAAACCGACUUCAUCAUUUGCUGCUUCCCCGAAGAGCCUGGGGCCUGGCUCACCGCUUGCCUCUGCAUCAGCGCUAGCACCUCCGCCACCUCCAGAUCUCUCGUCGCAGUCCUUCCCCUCGAUCCAAUCCAUCGUACAUAAUCCAAAGUCUGCUGAACCGGCACUACAGCUCUCUCUUCAAGAGAUUCUUGAACAGCAGCAGUACGAGAAGGAUAUUAUCAAGGAAGCUGCUGCCGCUAGAUCAUUGCAAGAAAUCCAAGCCGAACAAGAGUUUCAGCAAUGGUGGGAUGCAGAAGCCGCCAGGAUGAAGGAAGACGAAGAGUUGGCAAGGCUGAUCGCCGAGGGCAAGACACCUGAGCAGGCUGGACGAAAGAAGAAGGGGAGAGGCGGCAAGCAAGGCGGUCAAGAUAAGAAGAGGGAGCAGGUCAGACAGGCUGCACCAGAAAAGCAGGACAAGAAGAAGCCAGAACCGAAUGCCAAUGGACACGGAGCUCAAGGUCAAUCAACAAAGAGUCGAGGAGGCCGUGGUAGAGGCAGAGGUAGUGCUGCCAUGGCACCUGCAGCUGGGGGAAGCCGAGAUGCAUGA